GCGUCCUUGCCAUAUAAGCCAUGGAAAUAUAUGCAAAUUGAGAAAAAAUAAAACAUGCGGAACUCUUAAAUGUUUAUUUGUUGUUUUUCUAAUUUAUAAAAAGUUCUCAAGUAUUUGUUCAACUGAAGCAGAAGUGUUAAGUAGUGAGCACAUUGCACAUUAUUUAUUCCCAAAAUCACCACCGAAUCGGUUGGCCUUCUGCAGAGGGCACGGUAAAAGAGGGGAUUUCUAUAAUAAACGAUUAGAAUGAUAAGUCAGAACGCUUCGUAAAAUUAGUUUUCGUUUGUUUCUAAUAUUAAUUUAUGUUUUUAAAAUGUCUUUGCACGCAUCGCUUAGAUUUCUGACUAAAUAUAAAGUUUUAAUUUGCAAUGUUCGAUAUGCUUCUCAGGCAAUGCCGCAACUGUCUUCGGAGAAAUACAAUGUAAAGAGGAAAGACUUUGCUAAAGUACAAAACUCAGAUGUGAAUCAUUUUAAAUCCUUGCUUAGUGAGGAUAGGGUGCUGACUGAAGAUGGUGAUGUGUUGCCAUUUAAUAUUGACUGGAUUAAGAAUUGCAGAGGACAAUCCAAAGUUGUGUUAAAGCCGAAGUCUACAGCAGAAAUAUCAGCGGUACUAAAGUACUGCAAUGAUAGAAAGUUAGCUGUUUGCCCUCAAGGUGGCAACACUGGAUUAGUCGGUGGCUCUGUACCUGUGUUUGACGAGGUUGUCAUCAACCUUAUGUUGAUGAACAAAAUUAUCAACUUGGAUUGCAUAUCAGGAUCUCUAGUCUGUGAAGCGGGAUGCAUACUUGAAACACUAGAGAACCACGUCAAAGAGCACGGCCUGAUUAUGCCACUUGACUUGGGCAGUAAAGGCUCCUGCCACAUAGGUGGUAAUGUCAGUACCAACGCCGGAGGACAACGCCUUGUAAAAUAUGGGAACUUGCAUGGAUCUGUGCUUGGGCUGGAAGCUGUAAAAGCGAAUGGCAUAAUCGUAGAUUGCCUUAAAACACUUAAGAAGGACAAUACUGGAUAUCAUCUGAAACACUUGUUUAUUGGUUCGGAGGGUACUCUAGGAGUAGUUACGAAAGUUGCAAUUCACUGCCCUGUGCUUCCCAAGGCAAUUAACGUAGCUUACUUUGGUGUUAAUACAUUCGACGAAGUUCUUCAAGUAUUUAAAAGAGCGAAGUCGUCACUAGGAGAAAUCGUAUCUGCAUUCGAAAUGAUGGACAACUAUUCUAUAAAAACAGUGAUUAAAAAUAUGAAUUUAACAAAUCCUUUGCCAGAUUAUCCAUUUUACGUGUUGUUAGAGACUCAUGGCAGUGACAUAGAACACGACACUGAGAAGUUGACGCGGUUCCUUUCCAAAGAAAUUGAUGAAGGCCAAGUAUUAAACGGAAUUAUCGCUUCAGAAACUGCUAAAAUUCAGGCAAUAUGGAACCUCCGUGAGAAUAUACCGGCGGCGGGUCUGCGAGAUGCAGGCUACCUCUUCACCUCCGACAUAUCGCUGCCGGCUGCAAACUACUACCAGAUAGUGCCAAUGCUGCGUGAGAGAUUAAGCUCGAAAGUCAAAAGUGUAUAUGGCUUUGGCCACUUGGGCGACGGUAACAUUCAUAUAAAUGUAGCACUAUCAGAAUUCAAUGAAGAAAUGCUAUCCUUGAUAGAAAACAUCAUGUAUGAAGAAGUUGCUAAGCUCAACGGUUCUAUAAGUGCAGAACACGGUGUUGGUUUUUACAAACCAAAAUAUAUACACUACAGCCAAGAUGAUAGUGCUCUGCAAGUCAUGAGGGAAUUAAAACAACUUAUGGACCCAAAUGGAAUAUUAAACCCUUACAAAGUUCUACCGGAAACCAAGAAUUAA